AUGUCGUUCGGUUCCUAUAUUCUCUCGGGCAUCAGCUCGUUCGUCGUGGUGACAUUAUCCCUCUUCGCUCUGGGUCAAAAGGUCCCCCGCGCAGCCUUCGUUGCCCGCUGUCUUGCUGCAUACGGCUCCCUCCUUCUCUGCGCAACCUACGGCGUCAUCGCGUCCAUCGUUCUCCGGCUGGUCGGCUAUGGCCGUGUCUCGCAAUGGGCUACUGCUCGCAGCUUCAAGUGGGUGAUGCGCCUCACUACGGGUGUUCGUUUCGAUAUCGUUGAGGGCGAGGAACACCUUACUACCCGUCCAGCGGUGUUCAUUGGCAACCACCAAACCGAACUGGACGUCCUCAUGCUCGGCGCCAUCUUCCCGCCUUACUGCAGUGUGACGGCCAAGAAGUCCCUGCGUAAUAUCCCCUUCCUUGGCUGGUUUAUGGCUCUGUCCCGAACUGUCUUCAUUGACCGUGGAAACCGGGAGACUGCCAUGAAGGCCUUCGAUGGAGCUGUGGAUGAAAUGAAGGUCCACCGUCAGAGUGUCUUUAUUUUCCCUGAGGGUACUCGAAGCUACUCUGAUGAGCCGAUUCUUCUACCGUUCAAGAAGGGUGCAUUUCAUUUGGCUGUAAAGGCUGGUGUGCCGAUUGUGCCCGUUGUCACUGAGAACUACUCCCACGUUAUGUCGCCGCGGAACUUGCGGUUUAACGCCGGUAAUAUCAAGGUCAAGGAUGUGGACCGUCUCACCACCACCACCCGCGAGAGCAUGCUCACCACUCUCCUUGAUAUGGCCCAGGCCGAGGAUAACAAGGUUGAGUCUUCUCGUGCCAACGGUGUCUCGACUGCUGUCGAGAUCUGA